CUUUUGUCAGAAAGAUCAAAAAGGGCUUGAGGUUUUUCUUCGCAGCCUCAGCCUUGCCUCUCCCCCUCUCACUUUAUCUCCUCGUUUCUGUGUGCAGGCGAGCUUCUUGGCCUACGGGCAGGAAGAGAUGGCAGCGGGGGAGACGCAGCUCUACGCCAAGGUCUCCAACAAGCUCAAGGGCCGCAGCACCCCCUUGCUCCUGGAGCCCCUCCUGGCCAUGGGCUUCCCGGUGCACACCUCGCUGAAAGCGCUGGCAGCCACAGGCAGGAAGACGGCAGAAGAGGCCUUGGCCUGGUUGCAUGGUCAUUGCAAUGACCCUUCCCUAGACGACCCCAUCCCCCAGGAGUAUGCCCUUUUCCUCUGUCCAACGGGGCCCCUGCUGGAAAAACUUCAAGAGUUCUGGAGAGAGAGCAAGCGCCAGUGUGCAAAGAACAGAGCUCAUGAGGUCUUCCCACAUGUGACACUCUGUGACUUCUUUACGUGUGAAGACCAGAAGGUGGAGUGCCUGUACGAGGCACUGAAGAGAGCUGGAGACAGGCUCCUAGGCUCCUUCCCCACGGCCAUGCCCCUGGCUCUCCACUCCUCCAUCAGCUACCUCGGCUUCUUCAUCAACGGCAGCCCCGCAGACGUCAUCCGGGAAUUCGCCAUGACCUUCGCCACAGAAGCAUCUCUCUUAGCAGGUGAGCAGCAGUUCCGUGUCCACUUCUGGAUUUUCAGCCAGGUGCCUGGACAUGGUCUUAACCUGAGGCUGAAGAAUUUAACUACAGCCUCCUUCGUGAGCCACUGCAGCCUUCAAAAAUACUGUACCGUGAAGCCAUGCACCAAGCAGCUACAUCUGACCUUGGCCCACAAGUUCUACCCCCACCACCAGAGGACGCUGGAGCAGCUGGCCAGAGCCAUCCCCCUGGGCCACGGCUGCCAGUGGACGGCAGCCCUCUACUCCCGAGACAUGCGCUUCGUGCACUACCAGACCCUGAGAGCCCUCUUCCAGUACCAACCCCAGAAUGCGGACGAGCUGACGCUAAGUCCUGGCGACUACAUCUUUGUGGACCCCACACAGCAGGACGAAGCCAGCGAGGGCUGGGUGAUUGGGAUCUCACAGCGGACAGGCUGCCGGGGCUUCCUGCCGGAAAACUACACGGAUCGAGCCAGCGAGUCUGACACCUGGGUUAAGCACAGGACGUACACCUUCAGUCUAGCUGCGGACCUGAACUCCAGAAAGGACGGGGAAGCCAGCAGCAGACGCAGUGGGGAGUUUCUUUCACAAACAGCCAGGAGUCUCAGUAGCAUACAGGCCUUGCAGGCCACAGUUGCAAGGAAGAGCGUGCUGGUGGUUCGCCACGGGGAGAGGGUGGAUCAGAUCUUCGGGAAGUCAUGGCUACAGCAAUGCUCCACUCCCGACGGGAAAUACUACAGGCCAGACCUGAACUUCCCUUGCAGUCUGCCCAAACGGAGUCAUGGGAUCAAAGACUUCGAAAAUGAUCCCCCAUUAUCAUCGUGUGGCAUUUUCCAGUCCAGAAUUGCAGGGGACGCGCUACUGGACAGUGGUAUCAGAAUCAGCUCUGUGUUCGCCUCCCCAGCCCUCCGCUGUGUGCAGACGGCCAAGCUCAUCCUGGAAGAACUCAAACUGGAGAAAAAAGUCAAGAUACGAGUGGAACCUGGACUGUUUGAAUGGACAAAAUGGGAAUCUGGCAAAACCACCCCAACCCUCAUGAGCCUGGAUGAGCUGAGAGAGGCAAAUUUCAACAUUGACACUGAUUACAGGCCCGCGUUUCCCCUGUCUGCCCUCAUGCCGGCCGAGAGCUACCAGGAGUACGUGGACAGGUGCACAGCGAGUGUGCUGCAGAUCGUCAACACCCAACUGCAGGACACAGGCGUCAUCCUAAUUGUGAGUCACGGCUCCGCGCUGGAUUCCUGCACGCGGCCGCUGCUGGGGCUGCCGCCCCGGGAGUGCGGGGAUUUUGCCCAGCUCGUGAGAAAGAUCCCUUCCCUGGGCAUGUGCUUCUGUGAAGAAAAUAAAGAGGAAGGAAAAUGGGAGUUGGUCAACCCACCAGUGAAGACCCUGACCCACGGGGCGAACGCAGCAUUUAACUGGAGGAACUGGAUCUCAGGCAACUGAGAGCCACGGUGGUGUUCUCAUCACCUCAGAGUGGAGAGGCAGAAACCACGUGCAGAGGCUGGGAGACGCUGCUCUUUCCAAGGUGUCUCAGUCUCACCCAGUGUGAUUUGUAGAAGCACAGGGCGCACUUUUAUGUUCCGGAAUAUUUCCCGCCGGCUUUCACCUGUGUGACUCCCAUCCAUGGACCCGUCAUCCACCAGACCAGCUGUGGAGGGCCCAGGGCAGAUGGCUGGGUGAGGACGCCGCCCUGUGGCAGGUGCACCUAGUGUCUGCAGCCGGGGAAACAACCACCUGGGACUCUAACUUCCAGGAGCUAAAGACUCACCACACACGAAAGAUCCAGCCCCUUCAUUUUCUAUGGUCUGAUCACUAAAUUCCCAAUCAUCUUUUCUUUUUCUAUUCCCAACACUAUUUAGCCAUAUCCACAUAGGCUAAAACAGGUGUAAUCGUCAAUAAAAUGGUCCCAGAAAACCGUCUACCAGAUCAAA